UGAUGAUCGCCAUCAAAGCUAAAGUUGACCAAGGGUAACCCCAAACUUCUCUCUCAACUACCGACGUUGCCUAGCCUUAGCUGCGGAUCAUCAAAGACUCAUUAGGCAAUCUAUAUCAACGAAAUCAGAAUAUUCCGUCCAUCUUCAAACACCGACGUACACUUGCGAUCGACGCCCAGAUCCAUCAAACAUGGCCGACAGCGCCCCAGCAACAGAUGCGCCAGUCGCCAUCUUCAAGCGGCGCGGCGCAAAGGGCAAAGCCAACAUCCGCAAAAGACCCGCAACACCGCCGCCCGCGAACAGCGACUCUGACUCCGACUACUCAUCCUCCGAAGACGAAGCAGGCCAGCGGGUCAAGAGGCGAAAGACAAAGGCAGGCGCCAUCACGGCCUCAUCCAAGGACAUCGCCAAGUCGAAACAAGACCUUUCCGCCACAGUAUUUACCGCCGAUCGCAGUGUGCCCAUAUCAGACUCCAACGAUGCCACGAAACAAAGCAACUGGUACGACGAGGACGGCAAGGACGCUCUUUCAUCAAAGAACCUACUGGGCAGCUCGCGAGCUGUCGCAAAGACAUCGCAGGCCCCCGACGGAACAUACAAGGGGCUGGCGAACCAGACUUCGUUCAUCACGAAGAACCCAGACGCCCCGAACAAGACAGUGGGCCCCAUCAAGGCGCCCACCAAUAUCAGGACCAUCACAGUCACCGAUUUCGCACCAGACGUUUGCAAAGACUACAAACAAACCGGUUUCUGUGGCUUCGGCGAUAACUGCAAGUAUCUCCACGCCAGAGAAGACUAUAAGCAAGGAUGGCAGCUCGACAAGGAGUGGGAGAACGUCACAAAGGGGAAGAAGAACAUUGCCGGAACCGUCGUUGCCAGCGCGGACCGCACCAAGGCCGAUGACGAUGACGACGACGAGGAGGCCAUGUUGGAAAAUAUCCCGUUCGCGUGUAUCAUAUGCAGGGAGCCUUACAAGGCGCCGAUCAUCACGAGGUGUGGUCACUACUUUUGCGAGCCUUGCGCGUUGAAGAGGUAUAGGAAGGACCCCACAUGCGCCGCGUGCGGGUCAGGGACGAACGGCGUCUUCAACGGUGCCUCGAGGUUGAAGAAGUUGCUGGAUCGAAAGAGGGAGCGCGCAGCGAAGCGACGGCAGGAGGCCAUAGAAGCAGGGGAGGAAGUUAGUAGUGAGGAGGAGGAAUAG